CCUUCACCAACACACAGCCAUCCACCCACGCAACCAUGGUCCGCCUCUCCACCUACCUCGCUGCCACGGCCGCGCUGGCCCUCAAUGCCCACGCCGAGACCAUGUACAGCAAGAAGUCAGGCGUCCUCAACCUUGCAGGCACCGACUACGACAGAGUUAUUGCCAAGUCCAACUACACCUCGAUCGUCGAGUUCUACGCGCCGUGGUGCGGCCACUGCAAGAACCUCAAGCCCGCCUACGAAAAGGCCGCCCAGUCCCUCGCCGGCAUCGCCAAGGUCGCCGCCGUCAACUGCGAUGAGGAGAUGAACAAGCCCUUCUGCGGCCAGAUGGGCGUCCAGGGCUUCCCUACCCUCAAGAUCGUGCGACCCGGCAAGAAGCCAGGAAAGCCUACCGUCGAGGACUACCAGGGUCCGCGUUCCGCCAAGGGCAUCGUGGACGCUGUCAAGGACAAGGUGCCGAACAUUGUCAAGAGGGUCACCGACAAGAACCUGGACGAGUGGCUGCUGGAGAACAAGGACAGCCCGAAGGCUAUUCUGUUCAGCGACAAGGGCGUCGUCAGCGCUACUAUGAGGGCUCUUGCGAUUGACUUUGCUGGCGUCAUCUCCGUGGCUCAGAUCAAGAAGUCGGAGAAGACUGCUAUUGACAAGUACGGCGUCACCGACUUCCCUUCUCUCAUCCUUGUUCCAGCUGGCUCAGAGGAACCCAUCAAGCACGCCGGCAAAGUCGAGAAGGAGGCCAUGGUCGAGUUCCUCUCCCAGGUCGCACCCCCAAAUCCGGACUGCCCUGGCCCCAAGGCGAAGAAGCCCAAGGCCAAGAAGGACAGCCAGAAGGAGUCCAAGUCUUCCAGCAAGUUUGCCAAGGCGUCUGCUUCUCACAAGACUGCCGAUGCAUCCUCGGCUGCUGCUUCUGCUACAGAUGAGACUGUCGAAGAGCCUAUCGCCGCAACCGAGUCUCCCGAUCCCAACGUCAAGACCGGGGACACUCCUGAGCCGGUUGAGCUCCCUGUCGGUGACGUGAAGCCCUCUGUCCCUUCCAUCGCAGAUGCGGCCGAGCUCCAGUCUUUGUGUUUGAACGAACAGGCUAAGACUUGCAUUCUGGCUAUCUUACCUCCGGACGAUGCCACCGAUGCUGCCAUGUCCGCCAUGUCCGUCAUCACUACAUUGACGGCUAUUCACAAGAAGCACGGCACGAAGCUCUUCCCCUUCAUCACCGUCCCACCUUCGAACCCUCUUGCGGACAAGCUCCGUUCAGAGUUGAGCCUUGGAACCGAUGACACGCUCCACCUCGUCGCCACCCACGGUAAGCGCGCAUGGUACAAGAAGUACCCCAGCACCAAAUUCGGUGCUCAAGAGGUCGAGUCGUGGGUCGAUGCCAUCCGCAUGGGCGAGGGCAAGAAAGAGAAGCUUCCAGAGUCUCUGAUUGCACCUGGCACACAGGAGCCUAUCAAGGAGAAGGUCGCUGAGCAGGAACCCAUCCAGAUCAACGUUGAGGAGAUCAUUGAAGAUUCUCCUGAGCACAAUGAGCUGUAGAGAUACCAAUGUGCAUAUGAUAGCAUAGUUUACGUGGUUUUUAGCGAUGCGAAUGCACAAGUAGUACGAGAUGCACAAGUAGUACGAAUACUCCGUCAGAUAGUCUAGCCUCUGCGUUCUCAGUAAAUCGAUUUUUCCCGUGAUGGGAAGUUCUCGUGACAUUAAGCAAGGGAGCGAGAAGAGCAACAAUCCUACCACAUUACAGUUGUACAAGUCUCCGAC